GAGCGGUUCGAGGUGCUGGAGGCCACGAAGUACAGCUUCGACUGCGGCUCGGGGCGCUGGGAGCAGCACCGGCUCACGUUGCGCCUCACCACCGAGCCCUUUGCAGAGGGGGGCAUGCGCUUGUGCUACCGCUGUCGGGAGAUUUCGGAAGACGGAUGGGAGGUGGAUAAGGUCGUGAAGAGGAUCAAGCCUCACAGCGGCCUGGACCCAACUGUGAACUACCACGAGGCAAUGACCCAGAUGGUGGCGGAGAGCUAUGCACAGGACUUCAACAAGGCCUGCUGCCAAGCUGGGCUGCCGAAUCGCAUCGCCUUUUUGCCGGUCUCUGUGAUCAAGCUGGACGGCUAUCAGGAGCCAUUGUGCCUGGAGCCCUACUUGGACGGAGACUAUGUGAAGCACAGCGACAAUGCAGGCCAUCGUGAGACGGACGACGAGACGGCGGCAGCCUUCUCCUAUUUCUCCUACAUCGUUUCCGGCGCCCAGCUGGUGGUGUGCGACAUCCAGGGGGUGGGGACCUUCUACACAGAUCCCCAGAUCCACACGGCGGACGGCCAGGGCUUCGGCGCGGGGAACUUGGGCGCCGAGGGCAUCCGGAGGUUCCUGCACAGUCACCGCCACAGCCUGCUGAGCGAGCAGCUAGGCCUGCCGAGCCCGGACGAGGGGCUCUCGGACGAGGAGCUGGCGCGGAAGAUUCAGGCCCUGGAACGGGAGGACGCCGCACGAGGCAAUGCCGCGGCUAUGGUCACCUUGAUCCCGGGUUUGUCCCUUACUUUCUCCACGAUGACGACUCAGUACUCCGAAUGUGCGUCGCAAUAUAAUGAAGGUUUCACCGCCAUUGCGAAGAUGUUCGGCAAGUGCGCGUGA